GGGCUUACAACAUCUGAAAACUGGGCCAGUGCAAAGACAAAAAAAAAAAAAAAAAAAAACAGAUUAUCGAAGGAACAAUGGCUACUACGUUGUUGUCAUCAAAUCCUUGGACAAGAAGAGUCUUUUUCCUAUUCCCAAGAAACAAAACCCAAAUCCUCACAACACACCAUUGUUGCAAUCCAACGACGGAAAUGAACAACAACGACGCUGCUGUUGUCUCCUUACAAGAAUGGCAAGGUUGGGGCACCACUUCACCAGUCCCAGCUAUGGUUACUCAAAUCGCUGAGGAUUUGAAGCUUCUAGAGAAAGAUUUUGAUUCUCAGAUGAAGUUUGGUCGCGCCGGUGGAAAGUUACAAGGGAAUAUUGGACAACAAGAAGAUAAGAAACACCGUGCAACUUAUAAGGCUUUACCUGAUUCUGAAGAAAAGCUUAAAUUUUUUUCAGCUAGACAAAUAGCUUGUCGUGUAAUUGGUAGCAAGGGUUACCUUUGUCAAAAGUGUUGGCUUCCUAUGGAAGAAGAUUGCAUGUGUUCACAAAUCACAUCCUGCUUGCUCUUUCCUGGAAUAAGGUUUUGGCUGUAUAUGCAUCCCAAGGACUUUUUACGACAGAACAACACCGGAAAGCUUUUGUGGCAAAUUUUUGGUGUUGAUGCUGCAACUUUGUGCCUUUUUGGUAUUCCUGAACACGAACAAAUCAUGUGGAAUUCUCUUAAACUGGCAGGAAGAAGCAAUGUGUGGUGCCUUUAUCCAAAUAAGAAUGCCGUUUUGGAGUCAGUUGAAAAUGCAUUUGGUCAGGAACCAGAUGCAAAUAAUGAAGUAACAUCAGAAAAGUUAAAAGUAGAUACAACUCAGCAUUUUAUUUUAAUUGAUGGGACGUGGAGCAAUUCAGCAGCAAUGUUUAGGCGCCUUCAGGAUCAUGCAAAGUCAAUUUGGGGAGACGAGGACCUUUCUUGUAUAUCCCUAAAUCCCGGUACUUCUGCCAUGCAUAAACUUAGGCCCCAACCAUCUUGGGAUCGUACAUGUACAGCAGCAGCCGCCGCUGGCCUGCUCUUGGAGCUUCAACUUCUCCCAAGGUUUAGCUCCAUUGGAUUGGAUAAACAGUCAGAAGCAAUAGAACAUGCUCUAACAAUCCUAUUAGAUGCCCUCACAAAGAGACGACUUCGAAUGGGAAGGUCCAUUACACGAAAAGUAAGGCCAAAUAAGGAAGUUAUCAACCCUAAUGAGAUAUAGUGGCUGCGGUUAUUGCAGACUAGAACAUACUUCAUGUUUACUUUUUACGAAGGUUUCAAGUGUCAAAGUUCAGUUGAAACAAUGACUUAUACAUUCUUCCUUUCAUUUACGACGUGAUUGAUGUUAUAUCCUCCUACACAAUCUUCUUAAUAGUCACUUAGUACUUUAUUUAGGGAAGAGAGUAAUACUAAUUGAAAAGGAAAAUGGAUAUAAUAUGUUCUAGCUUGUGUAAGAGGAUAUUAGAGAACAGUGUAUAAUUUUUCUUGCAACUUUUUGAUAGUAGUAAAUACACUUCUAAUUUUUCUUGCAACUUUUUGAUAGUAGUAAAUACACUUAUAAUGUAAUUUAGUACUCCAUAGAGUUUUGGAGUACAUCAGGUAUUUUUUCA